ACUGCGCAUCGGCGUCGAGCGGGCAACGCUGCACUUGGCAUCCAUUCCGCAGCCACAUUUGCGACGAGUUGUCGCUCCCACUCUACAAACAACCCGGCGACAGCGGCAACGAUGGGCGCAUCCAAUCAGUUUCAUGAUGCAGUCAGUGGUCAGUACAACAACGCCGCUCCGCAAGUGUCCCAUGAGGGAUCCAAUGCCUUCUACUUCCAUGACCAGGCCGCCGCCGCAUAUGAACGAAGCCCGCCCAAACCCUGCAAACCGUUUUCGACAGUGCCCUUCCCACCUGAUCCCUACUUUGUCGACCGCCCCGAUAUCCUGAAUUGGAUGGAUGAGAAAUGUACACGUCCUGCUACUUGUAUCGCCCUCGUAGGCCUUGGCGGCAUAGGAAAAUCGCAAAUUGCCAUUCGAUAUGCACAUCACGUCCGGCAGCACUCGCCUAACACUUGGGUGUUCUGGGUGCAUGCCAGCACCCGAGGGCGAUUCGAGGAAGCCUACAAGUCCAUCGCGGACAGACUUGAACUACCCGGGCGGAACGAUCCGAAUAUCAAUAUCUUGCGGCUGGUCUGCGAGUGGCUCCGCGUUGAGGAGAAUGGGCGAUGGAUGAUGAUCCUUGAUAGCGCAGACGAUGCCAAUGUCUUGUUCUCGGCUACGUCGGAGCAACUUGCCUCAUUCUUGCCGCGGAGCUCUAACGGGUCCAUUAUCGUUACAUCGCGAAGCUUGGAUGUGGCAGAAAGACUGGUAGGUAGUCGGAGUAACUUGCAGGUGGUACCAGCCAUGAGAACCGAAGAAGCAUGCCAACUUCUGCACGAAAAACUCCAAGUUGGCUACGAAGCCGGAGCAGCUGUUGGCUUAGUUCAUGCUCUUGACCACGUGCCCCUUGCAAUCACACAGGCCGCCGCUUACAUCAACCGCCGGGCACCGCGCAUGUCGAUAUCAGCCUACCUAGACGAGUUCUGCAAGAGCGAUAAGAAGAGAGCAAACCUCCUCAACAGAGAUGCAGGUGACCUCCGUCGCGACGAGUCGGCUUCCAACUCAAUUAUGACCACAUGGCAGAUCACCUUCGAACAGAUCCGUCGUGAACGGCCAUCUGCCGCCGACCUGCUGUCCUUCAUGAGCUUCUUCAAUCCUCAAGGAAUCCCUGAGUCCAUCCUCCGAACCUACGCACGUGACGACGGGGAAGAUGGUGAGGAGGAUCUUGACGAGGACCUUGACGAGGACCUCGAGGUCCUCCGCGGAUACUCAUUAGUUGCCGUAACGGCCGAGUCAGAUAUAUUCGAGAUGCAUGCCUUGGUGCAAUUCUGCACGCGCGUGUGGCUAUCCUUAUUCGGCGAUAUGCAGCACUGGGAGCGGGAGUUUUUGAGGGUGAUGUCAGACCGGUAUCCAUCGGGGAGGUAUGAAAACUGGACGGAAUGUCAGAGAUUGGAUCCCCACAUUGCAGUAAUUGUGAAAAAAGAGCCAGAUGAUAGCGGAGACGCUUUACGGUGGGCUAGGCUGCUUGUAAAUGCAGGAUGGUAUCGGUGGAUGAGAGGGAGAUACAAUGAGGUAGAGCAGAUGAACCGACGAGCUCUCGAGGUGAGGGAGAAGGUGCUCGGUAGAGAGCAUCCAGACACGCUCACGAGUGUCGGCAUUCUUGCAUCAGUGCUGCGAGACCUGGGAAAGUACGAGGAGUCAGAGCAGAUGAACCGACGAGUUCUCGAGGCGAGGGAGAAGGUGCUCGGUAGAGAGCAUCCAGACACGCUCACGAGCGUCAGCAAUCUUGCGUCGGUGCUACAAAACCAGGGAAAGUACGAGGAGGCAGAGCAGAUGAACCGACGAGCUCUCGAGGUGAGGGAGGAAGUGCUCGGUAGAGAGCAUCCAGACACGCUCACGAGCGUCGGCAAUCUUGCAUCAGUGCUGCAAAACCAGGGAAAGUACGAGGAGGCAGAGCAGAUGAAUCGACGAGCUCUAUAUUCAAGGGAGAAGAUGCUUGGGAGAGAGCACCCAGACACGCUCGUAAGCAUCAGAUUGCUUGCGUCAGUACUACAACAACAGGGAAAGUAUGAGGAGUCGGAGCAGAUGAAUCGACGAACUCUAUAUUCAAGGGAGAAGGUGCUUGGGAGAGAACAUCCAGACACGCUCACGAGCGUCAGCAAUCUUGCGUCGGUGCUGCAAAACCAGGGAAAGUACGAGGAGGCAGAGCAGAUGAACCGACGAGCUCUCGAGGUGAGGGAGGAAGUGCUCGGUAGAGAGCAUCCAGACACGCUCACGAGCGUCGGCAAUCUUGCAUCAGUGCUGCAAAACCAGGGAAAGUACGAGGAGGCAGAGCAGAUGAAUCGACGAGCUCUAUAUUCAAGGGAGAAGGUGCUUGGGAGAGAACAUCCAGACACGCUCACGAGCGUUAGCAAUCUUGCGUCGGUGCUGCAAAACCAGGGAAAGUACGAGGAGGCGGAGCAGAUAAAUCGACGAGCUCUAUAUUCAAGGGAGAAGGUGCUUGGGAGAGAGCACCCAGGCACGCUGAACAGCAUGGCCAACCUGGCGUCGAUAUUUUGGGACCAAGGCCGGUGGGAGGAGGCAGAGGAGCUACAGAUGCGAGUGAUGGAGACGAUGAAGAGGGUACUAGGAGAAGAGCAUCCCGAUGCCUUGACCAACAUGGCGAACCUGGCAUCGACAUACAGCAACCAGGGCCGAUGGAAUGAGGCUGAAGGGCUACAGGUGCGAGUGAUGGAGACGAGGAAGAGGGUGCUCGGGGAGGCACAUCCUCAUACACUGACAAGCAUGGCCGAUAUGGCGGCCACAUGGAAGGGUCUACACCAACGGAUGAAGGCCAAGGCCCUGCUGGAGAACUGCUUUCAGCUAAGGCGACGAGUCCUUGGACCAAACCACCCCGACACACGAUACGCCCUCUUGACUUUGCACGAAUGGAACAGUGCGAAGGAUGGGUUCCAGGUACCUGAAACGGGCUACUCGGAUAUCGCUGAUUCGGAAACUUCGAACUCUCUCUGGUCAAAUCGUGAAGGCUUGACGGAUCCCUCUUCACAGUCUCAUGAAGUUUUUGCGAGCCAGGAUCAAGUGACGGAGAGUCGCCCAACCAUGACCUUCUUCAACUACGAAAAGUCCGAAGCUGAGAAAAAAUUCGGCAAGAUGGACGACGAUGAUUUUCAAUCAAUCGUGUCGAUAUCUAGCGACAUCGAUUCUCUGGCGGAGCCAAAUUCGGCGAUGGCUACCUUCCGGCAUGCUGCAGUGACCUACGUUGUGAGUAUGUUGACUAGGAAUCCUGAGCUGUUGACUCUCUACAAAGAAGCGACCCAGAGCAUGGGCGAAGCUAAAUUUGUGAGAAAUCAUCGGCGUUUGUUGAAGGAAUAUUUCUUGGAACUCCGCGCAGACGGGCAGACCCCUUCUCAACGAGCAGCAAUUGAGUUUUUGCGAUUCCGACACAACAGGACUCAGAUCUCACACGGCAUUUGCAAUCUCACCAUGCCCUCCAAUAACGCCGUUCAAGAGCAGGUCAGCGCAAUGCUCAAACAGGAGAAAGACAAUCUUAUCAUCCUUGACCGGUUCUUGGGUGAAAGAAACUCUGUGGAGCCGCCAGCACCCUCAGAGACUGUUGGAAAACUGCCUCACCGCAAGCCCGGCACGCAACACCUUGCCUUGGAGGAUGCAGAUAAUGCUAGCGAAGGCAGCGACGACAGCGACGAUGAUGGCGGCAUCGAUGACCAAUAUAGAUAUCAGUUCGAAGAGGGUAGCUUGCUAUCUAAUCUAGAAGCAACUGCGGACUUUUUCACUACCGGACGACCUUUUCGCGUCUAUCAGGAUCAUCUACGUGAAUUCUUGAAUCCUACCCACGUAUCGACUGAGUCUUCGGGGAUCCCGAGACCUGAUUUAUAUGCUCUGCGUGCUCCUGAUGCAGGCAUGGCAAAGAUUUAUCGAAAGAUAUGGACCUUCCUAUCUGUCAUCGGAUUGAGAGAACAUGACAUUGCACCUGGUCACCAGCGCGUCAGAUGGAAGAACAGACGUGGCAAACCCCUUUAUGAUGACUAUGUCGAGCAUGAGCCAGGCGCUCUACAAGCUCUGCAAGCCUACCUGAACUCAUCAGCAUAUCGAUCAAGGACUAGUUCUUCAAGAGGCAAUGGUCACGAGUCUGCAAUUUCUGCCCCUUCCGAUUCUUCCAACAGCUCCGUGCAGGCAAGCACCUCCCAAUCGGGUGACAGAGCUGACCAAGCUCGGAGCCCCCCCGGGCACGCCCGAAUCAGCCGGUUUCGGGAAGACCUCGAAAUGGGUGAAUUGUCUGGAACCAGUCUUCAUCUUCUAUCUUGCAUGGAACUGAGGAGACAUGCAGUCGUUCUCCACCCAGAACUAGUUACACACAUUACAGACGACCGACAUCUUUUCCGCACCCUACGAAAUAGUUAUCAUGAGCACAGAGGGAAACUACGAGGUUACUGCUCGCUUAGGACUAUUCAUGCCAUUCACUUUAUGAAGUUCGCGUACGGCGGCCGUCGAUACAUUGAUGUACGAUGUCACCAUGAGAUUUGUGAACAGGGGAAGCCUUGCAAUUGCCUGCCUCCAGCUGGUCUUGUCCGACCCAACGGAUCGGAAUACGAAUGCAGUCCGGUCCCAUCCAAAUUCUCACCACCCAUUGGAGCGCGACUCAUGAUGGACUUCUUCACCAAUCCUGACGACAUUGAACCAGACUCAACGCUAGUCCUGCGGCAGCUCCCAAAGUGGACGGGUGGAAACCUUCAAACACCACGUGCAGAAGUAGUAGAAGCAUGGGGAAUCUAUUACAAGGAGGAUUGGGACUGGACGAAAAUUUGGUGGAUUCUCGGAAUCGGCUUCUUUCCCCCUAGCUUGCUGUUCGGUAUCCUCUGGGGCAUCUUGAAGCAAGACAUCCAGGGUGCGUUUGGAGUAGCAAGUUGGUGGAUGGCGGGAGCCACGAUCGUUGUUGGCAUUGUUGGUACUAGCACAUGGGCAGUGUGA